CUAUAAAGAUUACUUGUUGUUCAAGAAGAUGAGCUCGUAUGAAGACAAGGCAUAUCAAGCUGCUGCUAUCAUCGGCCAAGACGGGAAAGUUUGGGCCCAGACCUCCAACUUCCCUCAGGUUAAGGUGGAAGAGAGAAUUGAAAUCAUGCGGGAAUUUGAUGAACCCGGGACGCUCACUACGAUGGGACUGUACCUUGGGGGCACCAAGUACGUGGUGAUCGGAGUUGAACCAGGUGAUGUUAUUCGGGCAACCAGGAAGGGGCCUGAAGGUGUAACCAUCAAGAAGACAAGUGCGGCCUUGGUCAUUGGCAUAUAUUACAACCCUGGGAUUCUUAAUUCGUGCAACGCUAUUGUUGAGAUGGUGGGCGAGGACCUAAUCAAGCAGGGUUAUUAGGCACGUCAUGAUCGCAUCAUUCCUUAGUAGACGGAUUCUUUUCAUUCUCUCGAUGCAUGUAGCUUGAUCAGACAGGAAUUGCUGGAGUUGAUGCAGUUUUUCAUUGGACGCCAUGGAAAUCUCAAGUGCAAGAAAGGUUGUUUGGUUUCUAAAUGAACUUAGACACUUGCCGUUUCUUUAUUUCUUUUAUGGAACUUUUGCCGGGGAAGCUGGUGUUCUGCUCUGAGAAGCUAUUUGACAUCUUAUCAAAAUAUUUAAUCUGCAAAUGCUGAUUCAAAUCCCUUCUAGUGAAGGUCGAAGGCGUUUAUGGUGACUGGUGAUUGACUGGACGAGUUUUCGUCGGAUCAUGAAAAUGCUUUCCUUGUUUUCAUCUCAGCUUUGUUUCAA